GUUGGCUCUCUCCUCGCUCGCGCUCACUGACCGCAGCCCACUUUUUGGGCACAGAGAGGAGCUCGCGCGGCGUAUCCGCUCUCGCUGCGACCCGAUGCCGUGAAAGGAACGCUUUACGUUGCAUGUGUUACGUUUUACGCACGGCUUUGGCUUCAGCAGCACCACCAGAAGCAGAGUUUUUGGGAGGCUUUUCGGAUGGGCGCGUGCGGCGAAUAGCUGCGCCUCUUGAGUUCGCUGCUCCUUCCUUGCUUCAAGCAUAAUCCUGCUCGGCUUGGACGAGGCAUCAGGGCGCGUGGGAAAUGUGAAGGAGCUUAAAAAGUAUGGCAUGCAAACAUGGUCUCGGCCAAGAAGGAGACGGUGACAGCGAUGUACCCCGCUUCCAUUUCCACUCUCCUCUACUUGCUCUGCGUGACGGCUUGCAUCAAGAGAAUAUCAGGACAGCUCAAGAAGGAGGAUAAAUUGUAUCCGGAGAAUUUCACGCGCAUACUGGACAGACUACUGGACGGCUAUGACAACAGACUUCGACCUGGAUUCGGUGGUCGAGAGACUGAGGUGAAGACUGAUAUCUACGUCACCAGUUUUGGCCCAGUGUCUGAUGUGGAAAUGGAAUACACAAUGGACGUGUUUUUCCGACAGACGUGGGUUGACCAGAGGUUGAAAUAUGAGGGGCCAAUCGAGAUACUGCGGCUGAACAACCUGAUGGUGACUAAAGUAUGGACUCCAGAUACCUUCUUCAGGAAUGGCAAAAGAUCAGUGGCCCACAACAUGACCGCCCCAAACAAACUCUUCCGAAUCAUGAAAAAUGGUACCAUUCUCUACACCAUGAGGUUGACGAUAAGUGCAGAGUGUCCAAUGAAGCUAGUGGAUUUUCCAAUGGAUGGCCAUUCCUGUCCACUGAAGUUUGGCAGUUACGCUUACCCCAAGACUGAGAUGAUCUACACGUGGACCAAAGGACCUAAACACUCAGUGGAAGUCCCUCCUGAAUCCUCCAGCCUUGUGCAGUAUGAUCUAAUUGGACAAACUGUUUCCAGUGAAACCGUGAAAUCGAUCACAGGUGAAUACGUGGUGAUGACUGUCUACUUUCACUUGAAACGGAAAAUGGGCUACUUCAUGAUUCAGACAUACAUCCCCUGCAUCAUGACAGUAAUCCUUUCCCAAGUGUCCUUUUGGAUAAAUAAGGAAUCCGUGCCCGCCAGAACUGUCUUCGGUAUCACCACAGUUCUCACCAUGACCACUCUGAGCAUCAGUGCCCGCCACUCUCUGCCUAAGGUCUCCUAUGCCACGGCCAUGGACUGGUUCAUCGCUGUGUGCUUUGCCUUUGUCUUCUCCGCCCUGAUCGAGUUUGCAGCCGUGAACUAUUUCACCAAUGCCCAGGCAGAAAGAGCAAAGAAGAAACAAGCCAAAGCAGCUGCAGCCGCAGCAGCUGCAGCAGCCACCAAGAGCUCCACACCAUCCAGCAAGGGCAAAGACACUGAGGAGGUUCUGCAACAAAACUCUGACACUAAUGGCAACCUACGCAAACGCAUGAACUCCACGACUCAGUCUCAGCCUGACUCCAAAGGCAGCCAAAGAACCGAAUCCUCCAGUAAGAGCACUGUUGCUGUGAGCAAACAGCUGCAGACAAGUCAGUUAUCCUCCAGCUCAGGCGGAACAAGCAGCUCUGCUAGCCAAUCACGGCUCAACCCCAAAUCCUCCAGCCAAUCCAAUGCAGUGGCCCAAGCUUCGACCUCCAAGACCACGCCCCCUGCCCCACCAUCCACGCCAACAGUCCCUGGGCGGUCGUCGGGCAGCACAUCCACCGGUUCCGCCUCUCUUCACCAUCUUUUAGGGCCAAAGUUGGAGAAUAUCCAGAAAAUGGACACCAAGGCCCCACCCAGUCAACCAGCAGCUCCUGCGGCGGGAGGGACCAGCAAGAUUGACAAGUACGCACGCAUCCUUUUCCCAGUGUCCUUUGGGGCUUUUAAUAUGGUGUACUGGGUGGUGUACUUAUCCAAAGACACCAUGGAAACAAAAGGAGGCUAACCACGUCAGAUUAGCGUGUGUUUUUUUUAUAAUACUCCGUCAAAGCCAAACAGCAAAUACAGAGGAUCACAUCUCUCAAAGGAUUGUGACAAGCAUAUUUAAAGCAAUUCCUAGAAAUCUAAUCUUAUUUAAACAAAUGGACAAACAAACAGACAAGCACCUCAGAAGAUUAUAUGGGUGAAAUAAUUCUGAAACAUCAUUUCUGGGUCCUUUUCGAGGAUGAGCAUGUGGAUACAGAACAAAAACAGCCCUAGCAUUCUCUCUGAACCGGAUCUUCGAUUCAUCUGGAGCCUUUUUUCAAGUGGUCAUAAAUUGCAAGGCACAUUAAUUGUAGAACUCACCGCUGCAGGGAUAUUGCCAGUGAAAUUGAAAAAGAAAAAAUCAUUACCAUUUAGUCUAUUUUUCUAUAGAGACGUUUUCUGGUGAACCGCUCAGUGCACCACUAAAGAUAAUGUUUUCUGGCAGACUUCCUUUUAAAUCACUUUUUGAUUUUUAGUUUGAAUAUUGUUUAUUUAUGUCCGUGUAAGUAACCCAGCCUAUGGAGCGUCUGUUGAAUGAUGAGCUGAGAUCCUCUAGGCUGAGAGUUUGCUCUGUGUGGGCGGACCUUGUGAGCAGGCCUGGACCACCCUGCAGAUUGCUGACCAGCAGCAGCAGAUCUGUAUGCAUGUUUUUUAUUUCUCUCUGACACAAGGGGAAUUUACAAAAGAAGCUAUUCUAUCUUUAUUUGUUCUUUAAGUACGGUGAUUUUUUUGUCAUUAUGGAAAUUAUUUUUGUUUGUUUGCAUUUUGCAUAGGAACAUUCACCUCCAGAAACUAGUCA